AAUACCCUGUUUUCUAAGGUACGGGUGCUGUGUUGGAUAAUGACAGGGCCUGAAAAUCUGUUAAAAAAGACCCAACACGUCAAGGCCACGUGGACCAAACACUGUAACCUGGUGUUAUACAUGAGCUCCCAGACGUCAGAUUUCCCCACCGUGGGGCUCAACGUGAGCGAGGGCAGAGAUCAACUGUACUGGAAGACCAUCCGUGCUUUCCAGUACAUCCACGACCAUCAUCUUCAACAAGCAGACUGGUUUCUCAAGGCUGACGAUGACACGUUUGUGGUCGUGGAAAACCUGAGACGCCUGCUUUCAGAGCAUGACACCGAAAGGCCAGUUUAUUUCGGUCACAGGUUCCGGCCUUUUGUCAAACAAGGUUAUAUGAGCGGAGGAGCCGGAUAUGUGUUGAGUCGAGAAGCUCUCAGGAGAUUUGUGCAAGGUUUCGACGCGGGACAUUGCAAACAUGACACCACGUUGGAGGACGUGGGCUUAGGCAAGUGUAUGGAGACCAUGGGAGUCGCGGCCACAGAUUCGAGAGAUCCAAACAAGCGGGAAACGUUUAAUCCGUUUACUCCUCUACAUCAUAUCGUUCGCCAUGAGAACAGAAAACAAUCAUGGACGUAUAGUUACUACCCCACCAUACGGGGCCCUGGAUGCUGUGCAGACUUUGCAGUAUCUUUUCAUUAUGUGCAUCCUACAGAUAUGUACACGCUGGAGUAUUUAACACAUCACCUGCGACCGUUUGGAUACAAGUACAGACUUGAUCUUCAGCAAAAUACUACAAAUACUACAAGAUAG